AUGAGUACCGAAUUCGAAGAGCUAUCUGCCGUUGACUUCUUACUUUUUAUGGACAAUGUAGACUCGUUUGACCUUAUCCGUCUAGAAUACUACACCAUUGAACAGAACCGGAAAAUUUGCGAGGUGUUUGAUGAUGAGCCUGACAACAAAGGGUGCCGACAGCUGUUACACCGAUUUCUCUGCUGCAUGAAAAGGUACCCCAGAGCCGAUUUUAUAAACGUCUAUGACGCGUACGACGGACAGCAAAAGUAUAUUUGUACAAGCGACCCAAAAGCAGAAAACUACGAUAAAUUUUGGGAAUUAGCCUGGUGCCGUGAAGUUAAUACCAUCGUGAAGAUAUCUCAAAGCAGAGAGGAAGGAAGCUGUCAGUAUUGGAGUUCCAGAGAAGAAAGUGAGAUAGAGUGUGGAAGUUUUAGAAUUAAGACUCUGAUAGUUAUCAAGAGACCCCGUUUCAUUGCAACAUUGUUACUUUUGUCUGACCAAAAGAACUGCGAGCGUGAGAUUUGGCACUAUCAUUACACUGCGUCGCCAACUGAUAACAAUCCAGAUGAUCCGUUUAUAUUUUUGUCCUUUGUGUGCAGUCUGAACGACACGUACACUAUUUCAAAGAAGAAACAAUCAGCUGAACGGAAGCCCGAAGCUGUUCUCGUUCAUUGCACCGAUAGUAGCAGUUUUUCGGCGAUAUAUUGUAUCCUCGAUAUUUGUGUAACCGAAUUCAAAUACACAGGUGCGCUUUCAGUGGCAAACGCUUCUCGGAAAAUAAGACAGCGAGAGCACAACUGCUUGAAUUAUAACGCAGAUGACUAUAGUUUCUGCUAUCAAGCCAUUCAUAUGUAUGUGUUAGGGGAAAUGGGGCUCAGCCAAAAAUAUCUAGACGAAAGGGGACUCAAUUGA